AUGGCCUCAUCCACCAAGCUUAGUAAAAUUGGUGGCGAACCACUUGCUAAUCCACAACAAUACCGAAGCAUUGCAGGUGCCCUUCAAUAUGUAACUUUAACCCGCCCGGAACUUGCCUUUUCUGUCAACAAGGUGUGUCAAUUCAUGUACAACCCCACCACUGAGCAUUGGACAGCAGUUAAAAGAAUCCUUCGAUACCUCAAGCACACUCUUUCCCAUGGUCUUUUCCUAAGCAAAUCUCCCUCUAAUGGCAUUCAAGCCUUUUGUGAUGCAGAUUGGGCUGGAUGUCCAGAUGAUCGCCGAUCAACUGGUGGCUAUGUAAUUUAUCUUGGUUGUAAUCUAGUAUCGUGGUCUGCCAAAAAGCAACCGACUGUUGCUAGAUCUUCCACCGAGGCCGAAUAUCGCUCCCUUGCCAAUACUUCUAGUGAAAUUACUUGGCUGGUUUCUUUGCUGAAAGAACUUGGCCUUACUUUAUCAACACCACCUGUCUUAUGGUGUGACAACUUGGGAGCAACUUACCUUUCCGCCAAUCCAAUUUUCCAUGCUCGCACUAAACAUGUCGAGAUCGAUUAUCACUUUGUUCGUGAUCAAGUCUCUGCAGGACGCCUUCAUGUCAAAUUCAUCUCCACCAAGGAUCAGCUUGCUGAUAUAAUGACAAAGCCUUUGAGCUCUACCCGUUUCAAAUUCAUUCGAGACAAGUUGAGAGUUCAAGAACGCUCAACUUGA